CUCUGGAGAAGGGUGGCGCCACGCGCGGCCCCUAACAAUGGGGAGUUCAUCGAUGGAUAUAUACAGCUUUCCAUGUUCCGCUGAUGCCCAUGGAGGUGAACAGAGGCCGCUCCAGCAGCAGCAUCCUUCCCCAGUCCCGUCUCUGUGUCUGGGACGCCAGGACAAGUUGUGUGUGAAGCCACCGAGGGAGAGUGAGUGUGCCUGUGCCCGUGCCAAUCGCUGAGGAGGACUACCAUGCUGCCCCGCGGUGCAGUGACCACGUGCCAUGUGCUUGUGCUGGUGCUGUGUCUGUCUGCGGCUGAGGACUUCGACUGGACAAAGAACGAGCGCGGCUCCUUCUAUUAUGGCACUUUUCCAAGUGGAUUUUCGUGGGGUGCCGGCAGUUCAGCCUAUCAGACCGAAGGAGCCUGGGACAAAGAUGGAAAAGGACUGAGUAUCUGGGAUGUGUUCACCCACAAGAAGGGAAAGAUCUUCCUCAACGACACUGGGGACUCCUCCUGUGAAGGUUACUACAAAUUCAGGGAUGAUGUUGCGCUGAUGAAGGAGCUGAAGCUGAACCACUACCGUUUCUCCAUCUCUUGGCCCAGGCUCAUGCCCACUGGCAUCAAGUCGGACCACGUGAACGAGAAAGGAAUCAAGUACUAUGAGAACCUCAUAGACACUCUGCUGGAGAAUCAGAUCACUCCCAUUGUGACCCUCUACCACUGGGACCUGCCACAGGUGUUGCAGGAGAAAUAUGGUGGAUGGCAGAACAUCAGCAUGGUGAACUACUUCAAUGACUUUGCCAACCUCUGUUUCGAGAGAUUUGGAAACCGAGUUAAAUACUGGAUUACAUUCAACAAUCCAUGGUCUGUGGCGGUGGAGGGCUAUGAGACAGGAGAGCAUGCUCCAGGCAUGAAGCUGAGAGGCACCGGGGCCUACAGGGCUGCCCAUCACAUCAUCAAGGCCCAUGCUAAGGUAUGGCAUACCUAUGACACUCUAUGGAGAAACAAACAGAAAGGUAUGGUGGGCAUCUCUCUGGCCGGAGACUGGGGCGAGCCUGUGGACAUGACCAACCAGAAGGACAUUGAGGCAGCAGAGCGAUACGUCCAGUUCUACAUGGGCUGGUUCGCCACACCCAUCUUUCACGGGGACUACCCUCAAGUGAUGAAGGAUUUCGUUGGUCGUAAGAGUGCGCAGCAGGGCCUGGGCACGUCCCGUCUGCCCACCUUCUCCUCCCAGGAGAAGAGCUACGUCAAGGGCACCUGCGACUUCCUGGGCGUCGGCCAUUUCACCACGCGCUACAUCACCCACAAGACCUACCCGGCCGGCCGCGGCAGCACCUUCUUCACGGACCGCGACGUGGCCGAGCUGGUGGACCCUCGCUGGCCGGACCCCGGCUCCGAGUGGCUCUACGCCGUGCCCUGGGGGUUCCGCAGGCUGCUCAACUUCAUUAAGACUCAGUAUGGGAACCCAAUGAUCUACAUCACAGAGAACGGUGUGUCAGAGAAGAUGCAGUGUACAGAGCUGUGUGAUAACUGGAGGAUACAGUACAUGAAGGACUACACCAACGAGAUGCUCAAGGCUAUCAAAGAUGGCGUGGACGUUAAGGGCUACACGGCCUGGUCUCUACUGGACAAAUUUGAGUGGGACGAGGGGUACUCGGAGAGGUUCGGCCUGUACUAUGUGGACUUCAAGAACAAGAACAAGCCCCGGUACCCCAAAGCGUCAGUGCAGUUCUACAAGAACAUCAUCAACUCCAACGGCUUUCCUAGUCAGAGAGAGGUGGAGAACUGGAAGAGGAAGUCUACAGAUACAUGUUCUUCUAGCAAUCAACUUCUAGCUGCAGAGGCACAGCGGAGCAGGGCUGCCAAUAUACUAAGACUUAUUCAUGAUCCCCUGACCAGUCACAUGGAGAUGGUCACAGAGAUUGUCGUCCCCACUGUGUGCACUCUCUGCAUCCUGCUCGGUGCAGUCUUCCUCAUGUUCCUGCUGCGCAGACGCAACUGAACACACACACACACACACACACACACACACACACACACACACACACACACACACACACACACACACAC